AAGGAGAAGAAACUACAAAUGUAAACAUGGAGCCUGAAAGCGACAAAAGCGACAAAAGCGACACAGAGUCAAGCUACACGGACCAAAACGCCACUUUUCCACGCGUGUCCGCCGUCGCUGCUGGGUGGAUGUUGGACUUUAUGUUUGUGAGCAUGUGUCAUCAUUUCAAGGCGGACAAACCGGACGAGUUCAGCCGGUCGCUGUCGAUUUACAAAGCCAUUUCUAAGAAGUCAUCUCUGAACGGACACUUUCAUGUGGAGAAAAAGCUGAUAUGUGCUUUCCUUACUCGAGUCAUACAUGGAAAGCAGCUGAAUGUCCUGUUCGAAGAGGAUUCUCAUGUGAUGCCUCUGAUGUCUGCCGCCAAACUAUGGUCAAAGUUCGAAGACGUCGUCACGGACGAGAGCUUGUACAAAAACAUUAACAUCCUCUUGAUUGUCCAGACUGUAGCUGUGUGCAUGGAAAAGGGCCAAAGAUCUUCUGCCUCCUCUGCCCUCAAGUGGUUUGAGAAUAAUCAUGAAAUCCCUCAGAGCUUGAUAGUAAAACUGUCAACCAUAGUGGCACAGAGGGAAACAUACCACCCAUUCCUCAUGAGCUUCAGUUUCAGCCGCCUGCUGGAGACGGUAAAAUCCUUCGUGGAUGCCUACUUGGAGAAGAACCCCUCUGACUUCCUUCUCAAGGCAGCUACAGAGAUGGUCCAGUCAUCAGGGAGCAUAAAGGAUUUGGAGGACGUGGUGACAAAGGACAUCUCUCUGUCAGAAACAUCCAGCGAAUCCACAGAGGACGGAAGGGAAAAGGAGAGCACUCUUUGUUUGAGAACAAAACGGAAACUACUGUCAACUAAAAUUAUUGAUGUAUGGCAACCUGAUACAUGCAAGAAGCCGUUCGUCUCUCUCAGAAGGCUCUCACGGAAUGAGUUAAUACAGAGGUUAUCUGGGAAGUCAACGGACACCUGCUCGAAGAACGAGCAAAAACCAAAACCGAGAAAAGCACGUGGGAAAUGGACAUGCGAGCUGGACCAAUACCUGAAGGAUGGUGUUCGACGUCACGGCCCGGGGAAGUGGUCUCGCAUAUUAUUGGAUUAUGAUUUUGAAGGGCGCAGUGGCGUCAUGCUCAAAGACCGCUGGAGAGUUCUAAUGAGGACAGAGUCUAAAAAGGGGAGUGCCUCUUUUAUGUAGCAAUUGUACCGGAAAAUAAAAAUAUUGAUUAAGCUCAUCCACAAAUUUAACCCUUUCCAGCCUGUAGCUUUGUGUUAUUGUAUAUAGUUUGUCCUGUUUUAUGGCAGCUUUGUUUGCACGCAGAAAAUAUUCCACUAAAGGGCAGUCCACACAUUAUUAAAUUGGGCUAUUUUUUUUAAAUUGCCUUCUAUGAUGUGAUAAUUUUAAUAUUUUACAAUAUUUGUACCUAAAAUUUGUCACUGGCUGAACAUGUGCUUGCUGAUCUGUUUGCACCGGGAGAAUGUCAUACCACCAGAGGGCACUCAACACAGAACAAUGAAUUAGGCUGUUAUCACAGCCGUCUAUGAUAAGGAACA